GGCCAGCGCCUUGGUUGUAGUCGCACGCCUUGAAUCGUCUGGAAGACUGCUUGCUUGAGCUUUCGAAGAACACCGUUCGGAAAACAGCCUUCGCGAACGUUUCCCUGUGAGAUCGUCUUUGCAAGCGACAAAUCGCAGUGUGAGAAUGAAGAUUAUUGGCUUGGUAGCGCUGCUUAUGGUGUGUGCGAUGCUUGACUCGGCGUCUUCGCUGAGUUGUCACUCCUGUGCUGUCGGGGUUGAUUGCACGGAGACGCCGACGACUUGUGACGAAGGAAAGGAUGUCUGUGUCACCGUCAAUGGUACUAUCGAUGGCUCCCUCAAUCAUUUCCGCGGCUGUGCGAUGAACAACCAAUGCUCCGAUUGCACACAGUUCAUGAACGCGUCAGACUGCAAAAUUGCAUGCUGCAAUACCGAUAACUGCAAUGCUAAACCGGCACAGCCUGAUACCGACGUUCCGCCUCCACCCGCUACGACAUCUGCACCGCCACCCCCUACUACCACCGCCCCUCCCGCCACCACUUCCCCUCCUACAACCACCGACUCCCCACCUACCACGGCGGCAGAGACGCUCCCGCCGACAGAUGCCCCGACCGAAGCCCCGACAGAACCCCCGACCGAAAAGAAGAUCAGUAAUGCUGUGACGGAGACGAGAGACCUGCUGGGCACUCCAGCUGACGAGGGAACCACUCCCGCAAGUCCUGGCGGGAACGCUGCUAAUGUAACCGCGCCUAUUAAUACAACGGAAGCCGUUGUAACCGCGCCUGUCGCCAAAGCCAAGAAUGAUUCGCCUGGUACUGCUUCGGUUGACCGCUGGAUGUUUGCGCUACUGCUUAUGGGUGCCACUGCAAGUUUUGUCUUGUGAGAAGUGAUUCCUGAACGCGUUAUUUGUAAAGUUUUUAUAUAAAGGAGAGACUUGAACCCAAGAGUGCCUGCCCACAGGCGGGAGAAAGUUGAGCAUGUAAAGCUUAGUAAGAAAACGAUUGAUUUCCCCAAUUCAUUUAUAGUGAAACAUGUACCUUUCUAUUAAUCAACCUGUUUAUUGCUUUGGUUUCAAACAAGACAACCGCUUAUCGGAGUAGUCGAAGGAUGAGUAAUAAUUGCGGAGGAAUAGUUUUAAAGAUAGAUCCACUGAAGCGACAGAUGAAAACAACUUGAAAAGAAUUGGUUCUCCUGUGGAAUCAAAUACGGGAAAGACUGGGGAGUGCUCUUGGUCUAAUAACCCAGGUUCGUGACAAACAAUACCCUCAAGUCGAGGCUUUCUUCUCAACUUAUAGCUAAUGUGUUAUAAUUUGAUAUGAGCCUCGACUUGAUGCUUUUGCCUUGUUAGGCAUGUAAGUGUAUAUCGAGCCUGGGCUAUUAGGGUGGUUUUCUCCCACGUAUUUAAAAAGAUACCCAUCCACUCGAUACAGUAUUCAAGUCGUAUUCGUUGCUAAGAACAAGUGUGGACGUGGCCUUAAUGAACGCAAGUGCAGAUUUGACGUCUUCGUCAUACGUCGUGAAUCAUGAGGCGAGAAACGCUCGAUGUCAUCAAGUGGUUAUCAGUAGCAAGAGUAGCACAAAUGACAGCUACCAUGUAAUUAUAUAGGAUGGUCAGGCUAACACAAUUUUAUUGUUUUCCCUCUCGAGAAAGGAAUCUACUCAAAUUUGACAGCAGAGGUUUAAAGAGUGUGUGAGGACUACAUGGACUGAGAUAAUGUCAGUACGUCUCCACACUAUGUAUUUAUGAUAGUUUAUGAUGGCUGAUAAUAGAGUUUAAUUGUGUGUUAGCAGAUUAUUUGGUGAACUUUGGCCCCAUGUCAUCACUUGUUAGAUCAAUGUUUCUUAUAUUAGAACCUCGAUCGUUAUCACGUUGCUCUGCUGUAUUGAAGUGGCCUACUGUCCUUGACAUAAAUAUUGAUUACCCCGUC